UACAAAGUAAAAAAACUGAAACAAUAAAUUCAAUAUUAAAAAUAUCCAAACGAUUAUUAACUCAAAACGCAUCAAUCAUGGAAAGACAAGAAGCCUUAGAGAUCAUGGUUACUCAACUAAUCAAUGAUAUUAAGACAUUACAAUCUUUGUAUCAAAAGUUAAAAAUUAAGGAAAAUGAUUGCGAAUGGUGGCAGUAUGACAAUACUGAAAGAAAUCAAGAUGAUGACUCAAAC